UCGUCUUUGUGUUUUGAUUCGUUAUCCCAAGAAUUAAAAAAUUACAGUUUACCUAGUUGGUGUUUUGUGAUACUGAUAAUUCAUUUUGUGGUGUUGUGACAAUGGAAAAUGUAAAAAAAUAUUUACAAGCAUGGAGUUUGUCCCAUCUCAUUGCUAAAUUUGAAGAAGAAGCGAUAGAUGAUGAUACAUUCUCAAAAAUUAACACAGAUUCACAAGAUUUCAAAGAACUGAUUGCAAAGUAUGGGGACAGAAUUAAAUUUAAAGAAGGUUUUAGACAGUUGUACAAUAGAAUUGACGAAGAAAAUGUAAUAACAGAUAAUAACUGCUUAGAAACAAUAGUAGUUAAGACAAAUGAUGCUCCUAGUGAUACUUCAGUUUACAAAGAGACACAAGAACCCAUUCCCAGCACUAGUAAAGGCACGUGCUCUACAGUUUAUAGAGUGGAUGAUAAUUUACCUUUAGAUAUUGUACCGGUACCGUAUAAACGGUGUGAUUCGUUUUUGGAAAAACUUCCAAAUCUGGAAGUGACAUACGAGCUUGAUUUGAAAAAAUUUUUGCAAAAUUCUAUAAAAGGUCGUAAUAUAUUGGCCCAGAAAAACCAUUUAACACCGCAAUUAAGAGAUGAUCUCGUUGCAUUAUUAAACGAUCACGAUUUACUACAAGACAUUAAUUCCUAUAUUCCGACCAGAAGACUUUUACAAUUAGCCCGCCUCAUAAAGCAAGAAUUCCCGAACGAAGAUAUUUCCACAUACUAUAUACCGUAUGUUAGACAAAACAAAAAAACUGUCCAGUGUAUGAGGGGUAAAUUAGUUGAUCGUUACCAUAAUCAAAGAAAGAAGUUGAAAAAAUCUGGCGUUCUCACCACUGCGUGUCCAUCAUCAAGCCUUGAAGUUCAUGAAACUGUAGAAAUAGCGAGUAGUCAAGAUUACGAGGAUGACGUGGAAGACUUUUGUUGUUGGUUAAGGUAUAAUACAGAACCUUGGCCAGAAGUUUUGGCUAAAUGGAAGGCCACUACAUGUGUAAGAAUUCCCCGCUAUAACCAGAAUACAACCACAACUAUCCAAGAAUAUUUUCAAGAAUAUAAAAUUUUAGAAAAGUCCUUAGGUUAUCAAUUACUGGAAAUUGAUUUCAAUUAUCUUUAUCCCAAAAAAUCAGAAAUAUUUUUUGCCGAAAUACAUAAAAAAAAAACAUAUUAUAUUACGAUUGGCCCAAUACCGAGGCGUACUGACUCAACAUUUUCCGGAUCAAAACAUUAAUAUUUUGAAUGAAGACGCCACUGCUGUUCUAAGUUUAUUAACACUACCGUAUCUAAUGCCAGUAGUGAUUGUUACGACAAUAAAAAGAAAUGGAAACCGUCUAAAGUUGAAGUAGCGAACAGUUUCAUUACUUACGUGAAAACCAGUGAAGAGAUGCAAUUGAUGUUGGAACGAAGACAUCGAAAAUAUGCGGAAACCAAACAAUUAUGCCAACCUCUAAUAACAAUUGUUGGACCAGAUUUGAACAACCUGAAGGGCUAUAUUUCCAUCGAUAACUGUACAUAUCCUUUUGAAUCGGCCUUGAAAAGUGUAAACACUUGUUUUAAAAUAAUUCAUGCAAUUGUUGCAGAAUAUCCACCUGAAUGUUCUCAUGUUUGGCAGUUAAUACAAAUUUACAUCUAUGA